CAUUAGAUUGGAAGUGUCAUUACUAACUAUUGGACAAACGAAGCUGAUGUUGGGCUAUCUGCAGGGAUUGCAAGAAUCCGGAGCCGGAGCCGGAGCCGGAGACGGGCCGGGGCUCGAGCCCGAGCAGCUCUCCAGUCGUCUCUACAGCGAAUUCUUUGAGGAACAGCUGAAGGCGGAAAAGGAGAACAACGGGCAAUGCGUAAAUGACAAGCCGAAAUCUCUACUGCUGGACAGCUUCGAAGCGGAGGCCAGCAAUCAAGUGGAGGCACCGCUGGCCACGGACAAGGAUGUGUGGAUCUUUGGCUAUGGCUCGCUGGUGUGGAAGGCGGACUUUCCAUAUAUAGACCGGCGUCGGGGCUUCGUUUGGGGCUUCAAGCGUCGCUUCUACCAGCACAGUAUCGAUCAUCGCGGUAUACCGGAGCGACCGGGCCGUGUUGUCACCCUGCUGCCGGGUGAUCCUGGCCAAGACCGUGUGUACGGCGUGGCCUAUCGCAUUGCGGCUAGCCAAAAGACCGCUGUGCUCGACCAUCUGGACUAUCGGGAGAAGAACGGCUACGAGCGCUGCAGCCUGGAGUUCCACGAAUACUCACGAGUAGCCACCGCCACCAAUAGCAGCGGCCCAUCGUUGCCGGAGUCGAAGCCCAUCCAAGUGAUCAUGUACGUGGCCACGCAGGCCAAUGACUCUUAUGCGGGUAAUGUCUGGGAGGUGGCCAGCAUUGCCAAGCAGAUCUUUAGCUCUGCCGGUCCCAGCGGCCCCAAUCGCGAGUAUCUGUUUAAUUUGGCUACCGCCAUGGAUCAGCUAUUCCCCGGCGCCGUUGAUGAACAUCUCGAGGAGCUGGUGGCGAACGUUAAGCGCCACAUUACCGAGGAUGAACCCCAUCUGCUGAGGCAGGCCGUCCUCCAGGAGAUCGCAAGCAUUUUGCGGGAGAAAGACGUGACGGAGCAGACGAAGGCCCAUAAGCUGGAGGAGCUGCUGAAGCGUUGCCAGCAGCCAGGUGGGCGCGAGUGGUUGCUCCAUGGUGCCCUGCAGCAGAGGAGCGAGGCGUGACAAGACAGUGUGUCUUUCAUAUUGUAAAUACGUUAUGACGUGUACGCAUGGAUUCCAAUUAAUUCAAUGACAUGACGUGUGUUGCUGCAGAGACUUUCCGACCAAUGGGGGAUUCUGUUCUCCCUCACCCAUUCCUUAUUUAUGUAUAGAAAACACAUUAUUAUCCCGGGGGAGAACAGAAACCACACUUUAUAUUGUGAUUGAACAUUAAUAAAUUUGUGAGAAUAAUUUUGACAAAGUA